AUGGCCAACGAGUACUAUGCUGUGAUUUUAGAGUUUUCCGCCCGGAAAAUCAAUAUUGGUUUUGCCGGAGAAGCGGCUCCUUCAGUUUCAAUACGGCCUGACCUGCCGAUCUGGAUUCGCUACCAUCCACCAUAUAAAGAGACAUAUCCACGCUACUUCCAGCUUCAAUCCCAUUCCAUAACUCAAGAACAAAAAGAGGAGAUUCUUCUCUCAUUGAAAGACGAUAAUGAAUCGCUGAAGUCCCUCAAUGCAUUCCAGGAAGCUCAUCGUAAAGGUGAGUUCGCUUUCUGGGAGCAGGAUGGAUAUGAAUCCCUAUGUCGCCUUUUGAAGCAUGUUGUCACGAAACAGCUCAUGGUGACGCCUCGCUACGUCAAGAUCAUGAUCCUAGAUGACGAUAGUUCGGCGUUGGAUAAGUUCCAGCUAUGCAGUGCUGUACUAGGGCCUUUGGGGUGUGCUACUUCUGUGUUCUUCAUACCGCGUGCUCCGUGUAUAUCUAUGGCUGCCAGUGUGGAGGACUCGCUUGUUGUUGAAUUCGGCUGGCUGGAGUGCCGUGUGAGUGCCCUCAGUGAACUUAGAGUUGUGAAACAUACGGUCACUGAGGACUAUUCAGAAGAGACGAUUAGUUUUAGGGAAGCUGAGAACGACGAUGGUGCGGAAAAUGCUGCUUUAAAAGACUUUGCAAAGUUCGGUGGUUUGCCGAAGUUGUUGGCGAAGUUGGUCGGGGAUCUAGCGGUGGAUGUGAGACCACAGGUUCUUCAAAACCUCGUUUUCUGCGGCGACAUCGCCAGCAUCGAUCUCCAGAGACAUCUUGUGAAAGAAUCCCAGAAAGAGUAUCCCAAACUUACCGUCUCCGGAAAGUACUGCCUUGGAGCUUGGGCUGGAGCAUCGAUCUACUGCUCUACGUCGUUUCUCAAACAUGACAUGAACGCAUUAAGACACAAGGAGGUGACUUUGGAGAAGCUCCGCACAGGAAAAUGGAAGGAUGUCUUCCUAGGUAGCUAG